ACAAUAUAGCAGUAUUGGUAACAUAACAGGAUGAACUCACACAUAACAACACUAAUCAAAAUCAAAGAAUUGAAAAACAAAUUCAACCACCUAUCGACGGCAAAAAAUGCGGCAACUAUUCAGGCACCUGAUCUUCAUUGUGAUUUUCUCUCUCCUCCCUCUGAGUUACCUUUGCCGGCCUUACGUCCUCGUUCUCACUCAAGAUGAUCUCAAAGAAUCCGUCAACAAUCCAACCGAAGAACACCCCAAUCUUGACUCUGAUCCCGACUCAUCCGACUGGGACGAGUUUGGUGGAAUUGAACCAAAAUCCGAAGACGAACUCGACUCUGGGUCAUGGCGGUUUAUUCUUGAACACGACGAAGCGGGGAGACAUCAAGAUGUAUCAUUGUAUUACUCAGGGGUUUCGAAGAUGGUGGGUGCUGCAAGUUCGGGUGAAUUGAGAUUGAUGGAGGAAGCUUCAUCGGAAAUUGAGGCUGCUGCUAAGAGUGGUGAUCCUCAUGCUAGGUCUGUUCUUGGGUUUUUGUAUCAUAUGGGUAUUGGUAGAGAGAGGAAUAAAGCUAAGGCGUUUUUGUACCAUUAUUUUGCUGCUAAUGGGGGUAAUUUGCAGUCUAAGAUGGCUCUUGCUAAUUUCUAUGCUCGCCAAGAUAUGUAUGACAAAGCAGCUAAACUAUAUGGUGAAUUAGCUGAAGUGGCGGUGAAUAGUUUUUUGAUAUCUAAGGAUUCGCCUGUUGUUGAGUCAAUAAGGAUUCAUGUUGGAGCCGAGGAAAACAAGGAAGCCUUAAGGAAGUCGCGAGGGGAAGAUGAUGAAGAUUUUCAGAUAUUGGAAUACCAGGCACAAAAGGGCAAUGCUGCGGCAAUGUACAAGAUUGGCAUAUUCUAUUAUUUUGGACUCAGGGGAUUGCGUCGUGAUAUUCCCAAGGCAUUAUCCUGGUUCUUGAAAGCAGCCGAGAAAGGAGAACCCAAGUCCAUGGAGCUUCUCGGGGAGAUAUAUGUAAGGGGAAGUGGGGUGGACAGGAAUUAUACAAAAGCUCUGGAAUGGCUUACUCUUGCAGCUAAACAACAGCUUUACUCAGCUUAUAAUGGCAUUGGAUAUUUGUAUGUCAAAGGUUAUGGGGUGGAGAAGAAGAAUUAUACAAAGGCAAAGGAGUUAUUUGAAAAAGCGGCUUAUAAUGAUGACUCUGGUGGCUUCUAUAAUCUCGGGGUAUUGUAUCUCAAAGGGAUGGGGGUAAAGAAAGAUGUGAAGCUGGCUUGCAAAUAUUUUAUAAUGGCUUCAAAUGCUGGUCAACCGAAGGCUUUUUAUCAGUUAGCAAAGAUGUUUCAUACUGGUGUGGGUCUGAAGAGGAAUCUUCAAAUGGCCACUGCAUUGUUCAAGGUAGUUGCUGAACGGGGACCAUGGAAUUCCUUAUCUAGGUGGGCAUUAGAGGCAUACUUGAAAGGUGAUGUAGGUAAAGCAUUACUCUUGUACUCCAGGAUGGCAGAACUGGGUUAUGAGGUAGCACAAAGUAAUGCUGCAUGGAUUCUUGAUAAAUUUGGGGAACGUAGCAUGUGUAUUGGAGCUUCUGGGCUAUGCAUAGAUGCUGAAAGGCAUCAACGUGCACACUCUUUAUGGUGGCAGGCUUCUGAGCAGGGUAAUGAACAUGCAGCGUUGUUGAUAGGAGAUGCAUACUAUUAUGGUAGGGGUACGGACAGAGAUUAUGAACGUGCUGCUGAGGCAUAUAUGCAUGCAAAAUCUCAGUCUAAUCCACAGGCAAUAUUUAAUCUUGGGUACAUGCAUGAGCAUGGUCAAGGACUUCCUUAUGAUCUUCAUCUUGCAAAACGCUACUAUGAUCAAGCUCUGGAGAUUGAUUCUGCAGCAAAAUUACCUGUCACCCUUGCACUUACAAGCCUAUGGGUUCGGAAAAAUUACGCCAACAGUUUUCUGGUGCACACAAUUGAUUCUCUGCCAGAAGCCUAUCCAAAACUUGAAGCAUGGGUUGAAAACAUCAUCAUGGAGGAAGGAAAUGCAACAAUACUUACUCUUUUUGCUUGCCUGCUGGCGGUUCUUUACCUUCGUGAGUGGCAACGUAGACAUGCUGUUGUUCCACAGGCUGAUGAUGCUGCACAACAGCUGAACGAUCAGCUCAUCCAAGCACCACAUUGACCUGCCAUGUAUGUGUAGUUUAGGGCCCAAAGGAUUGUAUGUCAUGAGCUAAUUCCUUUCCCUUUGUUGAAGCUGUUGUACAUCUGUAACUCUACAGCAGCCUUGUUUUGGAGAGCAAUUGUUAGCCUCUUAUGUUAGCUGAUUUGAUCUUUGGUAUUUUUCUGCUGUUAAUCGGUAAAGAAGUGUAUCGAAUUUUAUUAACCAAAAAAUACACUAUUCUCCCAUUACAUGUGAUAGUUUUUAUGACAAUACUAAAGUGGCUAAUGCGAAAAAGUAGCUAUCAGCAUUGCCGCAUAGUAAAAUUUCAAA